GAUAUUAAUAGCCGUGGCAGGGCUCGAAUCACAGGCCAAGAAUGUUACCCAGCAGCUCGUGGGGGAAGAGGAAGCUGCGAGGCCGGCUGGGGUGGGUGCGGAGUGAUGCCCGGGGCGUGAUGUGGGCCCGGCAGGAGGGCCUGCACCACCCCCACCCCAACGCUGUCAUCUGCUGUCCCUCCUCCUCCUCCUCCUCCUCUGUCUCCUGCUCAGGUGACUCGGAGGAGGAGGAUAUGGGGCUCCUGGAGGUCAGCGUUUCGGACAUCAAGCCCCCAGCCCCAGAGCUGGGCCCCAUGCCAGAGGGCCUGAGCCCUCAGCAGGUGGUCCGGAGGCACAUCCUGGGCUCCAUCGUGCAGAGCGAAGGCAGCUACGUGGAGUCUCUGAAGCGGAUACUACAGGACUACCGCAACCCCCUGAUGGAGAUGGAGCCCAAGGCACUGAGUGCCCGCAAGUGCCAGGUGGUGUUCUUCCGCGUGAAGGAGAUCCUGCACUGCCACUCCAUGUUCCAGAUCGCCCUGUCCUCCCGCGUGGCUGAGUGGGAUUCCACCGAGAAGAUCGGGGACCUCUUCGUGGCCUCGUUUUCCAAGUCCAUGGUGCUAGACGUGUACAGUGACUACGUGAACAACUUCACCAGCGCCAUGUCCAUCAUCAAGAAGGCCUGCCUCACCAAGCCUGCCUUCCUCGAGUUCCUCAAGCGACGGCAGGUGUGCAGCCCAGACCGUGUCACCCUCUACGGGCUGAUGGUCAAGCCCAUCCAGAGGUUCCCACAGUUCAUCCUCCUGCUUCAGGACAUGCUGAAGAACACCCCCAGGGGCCACCCCGACAGGCUGUCGCUGCAGCUGGCCCUCACGGAGCUGGAGACGCUGGCCGAGAAGCUGAAUGAGCAGAAGCGUCUGGCUGACCAGGUGGCUGAGAUCCAGCAGCUGACCAAGAGCGUCAGCGACCGCAGCAGCCUCAGUAAGCUGUUGACCUCAGGCCAGCGGCAGCUGCUCCUGUGUGAGACGUUGACGGAGACCGUGUACGGUGACCGCGGGCAGCUAAUUAAGUCCAAGGAGCGUCGGGUCUUCCUGCUCAAUGACAUGCUUGUCUGCGCCAACAUCAACUUCAAGGGCCAGCUGGAGAUCAGCAGCCUGGUGCCCCUGGGGCCCAAGUACGUGGUGAAGUGGAACACGGCACUGCCCCAGGUGCAGGUGGUGGAGGUGGGCCAGGACGGUGGCACCUAUGACAAGGACAAUGUGCUCAUCCAGCACGCAGGUGCCAAGAAGGCCUCCACGUCAGGGCAGGCCCAGAAUAAGGUGUACCUCGGCCCCCCACGCCUCUUCCAGGAGCUGCAGGACCUGCAGAAGGACCUGGCCGUGGUGGAGCAGAUCACGCUUCUCAUCAGCACGCUGCACGGCACCUACCAGAACCUGAACAUGACCGUGGCUCAAGACUGGUGCCUGGCCCUGCAGAGGCUGAUGCGGGUGAAGGAGGAAGAGAUCCACUCGGCCAACAAAUGCCGUCUCAGGCUCCUGCUUCCUGGGAAACCUGACAAGUCCGGCCGCCCCAUCAGCUUCAUGGUGGUUUUCAUCACCCCCAACCCCCUGAGCAAGAUUUCCUGGGUCAACAGGUUACAUCUGGCCAAAAUCGGACUCCGGGAGGAGAACCAGCCAGGCUGGCUAUGCCCGGAUGAGGACAAGAAGAGCAAAGCCCCGUUCUGGUGCCCGAUCCUGGCCUGCUGCAUCCCUGCCUUCUCCUCCCGGGCACUCAGCCUGCAGCUUGGGGCCCUGGUCCACAGUCCUGUCAACUGUCCCCUGCUGGGCUUCUCAGCGGUCAGCACCUCACUUCCACAGGGCUACCUCUGGGUUGGGGGUGGACAGGAAGGCGCAGGGGGCCAGGUGGAAAUCUUUUCCUUGAACCGGCCCUCACCCCGCACCGUCAAGUCCUUCCCACUGGCAGCCCCUGUGCUCUGCAUGGAGUACAUCCCGGAAUUGGAGGAGGAGGAGGCAGAGAGCAGAGAUGAGAGCCGGACAGCUGCUGACCCCUCAGCCACAGUACAUCCAACCAUCUGCCUCGGGCUCCAGGAUGGCAGCAUCCUGCUCUAUGGCAGUGUGGACACUGGCACCCAGUGCCUGGCGACCUGCAGGAGCCCAGGUCUGCAGCCUGUGCUCUGCCUGCGACACAGCCCCUUCCACCUGCUCGCUGGCCUGCAGGAUGGGACCCUCGCUGCCUACCCUCGGACCAGCGGAGGUGUCCUGUGGGACCUGGAGAGCCCUCCCGUGUGCCUGACUGUGGGGCCUGGGCCUGUCCGCACCCUGUUGAGCCUGGAGGAUGCUGUGUGGGCCAGCUGUGGGCCCCGGGUCACUGUCCUGGAAGCCACCACCCUCCAGCCUCAGCAAAGCUUCGAGGCGCACCAGGAUGAGGCAGUGAGCGUGACACACAUGGUGAAGGCGGGCAGCGGCGUCUGGAUGGCCUUCUCCUCCGGCACCUCCAUCCGUCUCUUCCACACCGAGACCCUGGAGCAUCUGCAAGAGAUCAACAUUGCCACCAGGACCACCUUCCUCCUGCCAGGCCAGAAGCACUUAUGUGUCACCAGCCUCCUGAUCUGCCAGGGUCUACUCUGGGUGGGCACUGACCAGGGUGUCAUCGUCCUGCUGCCCGUGCCUCGGCUGGAAGGCAUCCCUAAGAUCACAGGGAAAGGCAUGGUCUCACUCAACGGGCACUGUGGGCCUGUGGCCUUCCUGGCUGUGGCUACCAGCAUUCUGGCCCCUGACAUCCUGCGGAGUGACCAGGAGGAGGCUGAGGGGCCCCGGGCUGAGGAGGACAAGCCAGACGGGCAGGCACACGAGCCCGUGCCCGACAGCCACGUGGGCCGAGAGCUGACCCGCAAGAAGGGCAUCCUCUUGCAGUACCGCCUGCGCUCCACCGCGCACCUCCCGGGCCCACUGCUCUCCAUGCGGGAGCCGGCGCCUGCUGACAGCACGGCCCUGGAGCACAGCGAGGAGGAUGGCUCCAUUUACGAGAUGGCCGACGACCCCGACGUCUGGGUGCGCAGCCGUCCCUGCGCCCGCGACGCCCACCGCAAGGAGAUUUGCUCCGUGGCCAUCAUCUCCGGUGGGCAGGGCUACCGCAACUUCGGCAGCGCACUGGGCAGCAGUGGGAGGCCGGCCCCGUGUGGGGAGACAGACAGCACCCUCCUCAUCUGGCAGGUGCCCUUGAUGCUAUAGCCCCUCCCGUCUCCCCUCAGAGGGCACAGCUGCAGGCCUGACCGAGGCUACGACUGGCUCUUGUGCUCUAGAGACCUGCACGGGAUGUGUGGAUGGGCCUGGACUCUCCAGAAACUACUUGGGCAGAGCAAAGGAAAACCUCUUCUUUUUUAAAAAAAUGUUUCAGAGUGUUUUGGGGAGAAGUUUUAGGGCUUGGGGAGAGGGAGGACACAUCUGGAGGAAAUGGCCUUCUUUUUAAAAGCAAAAAACACAAAACCUCACAACUGCCUGGCAAGCCCAGUAUCAUUUGUUUGGGCCCUAGCGGGGCUCCAAGGCAGCCACACACCCCUCCUGGAAGGGUGUGUGCGUGUGAGUGUGUGCGAGUGUGUGGGCUGGUGUGUGAAUAUCUAUAAAUACGUAUAUAUGGUGUAUAUUAUAUGUGUAUACAUAAAGUCUGUACAUAUUGGAGCUCUGGGAGAUGCUGGAAUAAAAGACAAGAGUUACAUCCGGACUUGGA